AUGUCACGGAAGGAGGUCAGAAGGCCACCAGCCAUGCCAGGAGUGGGGCAGACCCCGGCAAAGGCCAAGCUGCGGCUGGCGGCAGGCACUGGCAGGAAGAGGAGCCGCCCGUGCGGGACAAGGCAGGACCUGUGGGAAGAGACAAACUGGAGGGACCAGAUGUGGAGCAGAGCUGCCCCCAGCUUAAGAGGGGCCAGGGCCCCCGGCAGGAGCGAGGCCAGUCCCGAGAACGCUGCUCGGGAGCGGAGCCGCGUGAGGACGCUGCGCCAGGCCUUCCUGGCCCUGCAGGCCGCUCUGCCCGCCGUGCCCCCUGACACCAAGCUCUCCAAGCUGGAUGUGCUGGUGCUGGCCGCCAGCUACAUAGCCCACCUCACCCGCACACUUGGUCGGGAGUUGCCUGGCCCCGCCUGGCCACCCUUCCUGCGUGGACUCCGCUACCUGCACCCUCUGAAGAAGUGGCCCAUGCGAUCUCGUCUCUAUGCUGGAGGCCUGGGGAGCUCUGGCCUCGACUCCACCACAGUCACCACCUCAAGCCAAAGAACAAAGGAGGCGGAGGCUGGGCCCCAAGUCUCUGAAGAGGCACACGCUCUCUUUCCCACGAAGCCACUCUCACCAGCUCUCGGGGACAAAUGAGUAUCACACUUGCCCUUUUCUCCUAGACUACAAGUCGAGCUUAGAGACUUGGAUUCUCUACCAGCCCUGCCUGUCUUCACUCUGACUCUCAGCCCUCGGAUCAGACGGACUCAGGUUCAGCUCGCGGGUUCCAGCAUGCAG